CCGAUCGUCAAUUGGCCUCUACGUGAGCACGAUGCUCAAAGGCUUGUUCACCUGGCGAUGAAUCUUCUUCGAUCUAAUGCUGCUAAUUGCGUGACUAAGAGUCUUGCACCAGCGCUGCGAGCGUCUCUCUUCCGGACCUCGUCCCGAGUGUCCCGUGGGCAAUCACGGUGGCACGGAUACCCACUGCGAGCGUUCAGUGCCACAGGAUUUGCAUAUAAGAGGGCAGACAUCUUUCAGAAGCAGGAGCCAGAUAGUGAAACAAUCUCAAAAGAUGACACCCAGAUGCCAGAACGAAAAGGGCCCCGGAAAAAUGCUACCAAAACAUCGUCGCUCAGAAGAGUCGCUGUGGAGGCGCAAAGAUCAAGAGGAUUCGUAAAGGGAAGGGGAAACAAGCGGUUCGUUGACCCAGACGUUGACACAAAGACUGUGACAGCGUUUUGCACCGCAGAACAAUAUAACAUCGCUACCGCUUCUCGAUUGAUCAAAGCUCAAGGAUACGAGCUCGACCCCUUCCAAACUGGGCUCUAUCCUCAAGUCAUUCACGUUCAGACCACUGAAAGGCCGUCCGAGGUCAAGGACGCCCCAGAACGAGGAGAUGUCUUCAUAUUUCCCUCCGGGACUGUAGUGACGUGGAACGUGCGGGAGCGAGAGGCAUUGGCCUUGAUCAACAAGGUCUUACCAGCGGCAGCAGAAGGAUCUCACCUAGCACUCUUGGAAACGGAGGAUCUAGAUUACCUGGAGGAUUCAUCGAAAGAGAGUAGCGAAAUCAUUGGUGAUACCAUUAUAUUGGGCACCAAGGCUGAAAGCGACCAGCCUGAUUCUCGUGACGAGUCUACCGUUCGAACUCAAAACGAGCUUAGAACAGACGACAUGGAACAGCGGCAUGAGGUCGAUACCGUCCUUGCCAAAAUCGCAUUUUCCUCUGGGUUGGCUAGGUCAACAAAACUAGCCGUACUGGAAAGCCUGCUCAGUGCGUAUCAGUACUCAACCCGGUCCAUUCCAACCAUGCUUGCAAAAGGCGAGAAUAUCCCCCUCGGACGCAAGAACCUCCCAUUCACCCGCUCCUUCAUUCUGCGAAAGACCGGCGAGCUUCUCAGCAUUCGGGCCCAGCUCAACCUAUACUCCGAGCUCACUGACUCACUCCCGGACAUCUUCUGGGACAGCCGCCACGAGCUUGGCCUUGGAGAGUACUACGACCAAGUCGGCCGUGCGCUAGACGUAGGUGUCCGCAUCAAAGUUUUGAACGAGAAGAUUGGAUUUGCGCAAGAAAUUGCUAGCGUACUCAGGGAAUCGCUCAGCGAAAAACAUGGUCUACGCCUAGAAUGGGCCAUCAUCGCCCUCAUCGCUGUCGAGGUAGUUCUGGAGUUCUACCGCCAUUGGAAGGAUGUACAGGAACGAGAUGACCCCGAGAGUACUGAGUCUUUGCUGCGGCAGUACCUAGAGAAGCUUGUCAAAGAAGGAACGAGAUAAAAGUAAGAUUUGAUUUUCAGGAUACCCCACUCAAUAGAGAAUUUUUCGAUGCAG